CCAAUUUCUCUCAACAUGGCAACACACGAGCUUGUUAUUUUAUAGCUCCACUGAAGGCCAGUCCAGAUGGCAUUUAUGUCCAGAUUGUCCCGGUCACGGAGUAAUUCCAGAUCUCCCAGCAGAAAGGACUCAGAGAAAGGCUCUCCUGUACUAACUGUUGCUGAACUUGAGCGUCUGUUGUACACUGGGAAAACCGCCUGUAAUCAUGCAGAUGAAGUGUGGCCACGACUCUACAUAGGUGACCAAGAAAUUGCCUCAAACCGCAAAGAACUCGUCAAGCUCGGGAUCACGCACAUCCUCAACUGUGCUCAGAGCAAAUGGAGAGGCGGCGCGGAGUAUUAUGCUGGCAUGAACAUCACGUAUCACGGCAUUGAAGCCCACGACUUGCCCUCUUUCGACAUGAGUGUCAACUUCUACCCAGCAGCCGAGUUCAUUCACAGAGCCCUUAGUACCGGAGGAACGGUUCUUGUGCAUUGUGCCGUCGGGCUGAGCAGAUCUGCUACGUUGGUUCUCGCCUACCUCAUGAUUUGGCAGAACAUGACUUUAGUAGAGGCCAUCAAGACCGUGAAGGACCACCGUGGCGUCACGCCAAACCGCGGUUUCCUACGGCAGCUCAGCGGUCUGGACAGCGUACUGCGCGCCAGCCGCAAUGCAACAUAAAGCCAAUGGUAGCAUCUGAAUUUAGUUUAUUCCAGCUGUCCUCCUGCGGUCAGUAGAAAUGCCUUAUUACAUCAGGACCUCUAGUAAUGUGUGUAAUGCCUUAUUCACUCUUAAAUAUUCACAUCUGUUCAUGUGACCACCCACUGAAAUGUUGCUGUAGCUUGCUGUAGUUAAUCGCCGCAGAGAAUGACAAGUGUUUUCGUUAAAAGGGGCCAUUCACACAAAACACGUUUUUGUUUAAAAUGCAAGUUUAAUUAGAACAACACAAGGUGUAGACAAGUUUAGAACAGUUUGUCAUGUGCGAGACACUGCAAAGAAGCGAAGGCAUUGGUCCAAGAUGUCUGUCUUGUGCAUUUUUACAGAGAAAAAUAAAGGCAAAGAAGCGCAGUGGAAUGCAAAAAAUGGCCCCGAGCCUGGUUUAUGCUCGCCGCAAGUUCAUUUCAUUGUGCAUGACAAAAAUUAGGUCAUGGCACCAUUGGCAUACAAUUCAAAAUUAACUGGACAGACAGAAUGUGCUAGGAUGAGAUUCGAAUGUGAUAUAGAUUUUCCAGACUUGGGCUAUGUGCUGGAAACAAAUAUGGAAAACAAAAACGUCUGCCAUCUUGAACAGAUUUUAAGCAAGCACCUGUUGCUGCUGUUGCUCAUACUUAAGAUUUGAAGACAAAAUAUAACCAUGUAAGUAUUAAAAAUUUCUGACCACCUGUCCACCUUAUUUUUCAUUAAAA